AUGCCGCCCAUACGAACAACCCGCAACAAAAAACCGCCACCGGCGGGCUUCGAGGAUAUCGAAGAUACGCUGCUUGAAUUCAGCAACAAAAUGAAAGACGCCGAGAACGCAUCGCACGAGGGCAAGAAGAGGCAUGAAGUCCACUGGCCGAUUUUUCAGAUCAGUCAUCAAAGGUCGAAAUAUAUCUACGAUUUGUACUACGAAAAAGAAGCCAUUACAAAACAACUUUACGACUGGCUAUUGAAGAACAAAUACGCUGACGCGAACCUGAUUGCAAAAUGGAAGAAACAGGGCUAUGAGAAGGUAUUCUACCCCGUUCUCUCUUCUUUCUAG